AUGGCCCUGCGCGACCCGGGCCCCGGGUGUCUGUCCUCCCUGCUGCAGCAGCUGCAGUGGCUAGAAGAGCGGCAGAGAUCCCUGAGUGCAGGGAGCCAACGGGCUUUUUGCCUGCUUCAGGCCGAGCUGGCGACCAGGCUCAGGCCGUACCUGCUGCGCAGAAAGGCCAUCCUCAGGGCCAUCCCAGCUUUCUGGCACAAAGCCUGCCUCAGGUGUCUCCUUGACCCCAAGUGGAUUACACACCACCCCGAGCUGAGGAGUCUCAUCAACGAGAAGGAUGAAGAUGUGCUGAGCUACGUGGUUGGCUUGGAGGUCAAGCAGCUGAGCUGUGGCCAGGGACACUGCAGAAUAUGCUUUUGCUUCCGGCAGAACCCCUACUUCUGCAAUGAUGAGAUCUGCAAGGAUUACUAUCGCAGCAUGCGUGGAUACAGGGCUGUAUGUUCCAGCGCGAUCCGGUGGUUCUGUGACUGUGACGGUGAUCCACCCGCCUACAGCCCGGGCUCCUGCCCACCCAGCUUCUUGGAUUGGCUGACGGACCAUGCUUUCCCAGGCACCAACAGCAUUGCCAAGAUCAUCUGCGACAACCUGUGGCUCAAUCCCCUGCUGUACUAUCCCAGGGAGGAUGUCAGCUUCACGGGAACCGUACCGGAAGUGGGGGCUGUGCAGGAGGUGGAGCAAGAAGAGGAGGAGGAGGAAGAAGAGGAGGAAGAGGAAGUAGACUGA